GCACACUCACACCUUCAUUCGCCUACCAUUUCUUAAACCCAAAAAAAAGUAUAUAUUACAAGGCAUGGUUCGCAAGGCGGUAGACGCGCGUAUUAACACGCUGAUCAAGAACGGGGUUCAGCAGAACCACAGAUCAUUCUUUGUCCUCGUUGGCGACAAGGGCAAGGACCAGGUGGUGAACCUACACUGGAUGCUGUCGCAGGCACGGGUGACAGGACGGCCGUCGGUUCUGUGGUGCUACAAGAAGGAGCUCGGGUUCACGAGCCACCGCAAGAAGCGGGAGGCGAAGAUCAAGCGGGACAUCAAAAAGGGGAUCCGCGAGGCGAACUCUGAGGAUCCGUUCGAGAUGUUCAUUGCGCUGACAGACAUCAGGUACACGUACUACAAGGAGUCGCACAAGAUCCUGGGAAACACAUACGGAAUGUGCGUGCUGCAGGACUUUGAGGCACUGACGCCGAACAUUCUGGCGCGGACGAUCGAGACGGUGGAGGGCGGAGGCAUUGUGGUGCUGCUGCUCAAGUCGAUGAAGUCGCUGAAGCAGCUGUACACGAUGACGAUGGAUGUGCAUUCGCGGUACCGGACGGAGGCGCACGGAGACGUGGUUGCGCGGUUCAACGAGCGGUUCAUCCUGUCGCUGGCAGACAACCGGUCGUGCGUGGUGCUGGACGACGAGCUGAACGUGCUGCCGAUCUCGCUGGGCAAGAGCGUGAAGCCGGUGGCGCCCAAGAAGUCGAGCGUGCUGGAGCCGCGCCAGCAGGAGCUGGCGGAUCUGAAGAAGUCGCUGGAGGACACGCAGCCGAUCGGGGCGCUGGUGGGCAAGGCCAAGACGCUGGACCAGGCGAAGGCGAUUAUGACGUUUGUGGAUGCGAUCUCAGAGAAGUCGCUGCGCGCGACGGUGUCGCUGACGGCCGGGCGUGGACGCGGCAAGUCGGCGGCGCUGGGAAUUGCGCUGGCCAGUGCGAUUGCGUACGGGUACUCGAACAUCUUUGUCACAUCGCCGUCGCCGGAGAACCUGAAGACGCUGUUCCAGUUUGUGUUCAAGGGCUUUGAUGCGCUGGGGUUCGAGGAGCACACGGACUAUGACAUUGUGCAGUCGACCAACCCAGAGUUCCGCGAUGCGGUGGUGCGCGUCAAUGUGUUCCGCAAGCACCGGCAGACAAUCCAAUACAUCCAGCCGCAGGAUGCGUUCACGCUGGCGCAGGCGGAGCUGGUGGUGAUUGAUGAGGCGGCAGCAAUCCCGCUGCCGCUGGUCAAGAAGCUGAUGGGGCCGUAUCUGGUGUUUAUGGCGUCGACCAUCAACGGAUACGAGGGCACAGGCCGGUCGCUGUCGCUGAAGCUGAUCCAGCAGCUGCGCGAGCAGUCGCGUGGAUUUGUAUCCGGGGCGUCGGGCAGCGGGUCGGUCAGUGCAGGCGGGCGGACGCUGAAGGAGGUGGCGCUGGAGGAGCCGAUCCGGUACAGCAUGGGUGAUGCGACCGAGCAGUGGCUCAACAAGCUGCUAUGCCUGGACGCAACCGUGGUGCCCAAGACGCUGAGCGGCUGCCCGCACCCGUCAGAGUGCGAGCUGUACUGGGUUAACCGCGACUCGCUGUUCUCGUAUCACCCGGUGUCUGAGGCGUUCCUGCAGCGGCUGAUGGGGCUGUUUGUAGCGUCGCACUACAAGAACUCGCCAAACGACCUGCAGCUGAUGAGCGAUGCGCCAGCGCACCAGGUGUUUGUUUUGCUGCCGCCAAUCGACCCAGCGGCGGCGACGCUGCCGGAGCCGCUGUGCGCCAUCCAGGUGUGUCUGGAGGGCGAGAUCUCGCGGCAGGCGAUCAUGAACACGCUGGGACGCGGCGAGCGCAACGACGGCGAUUUGAUCCCGUGGCUGGUGUCGCAGCAGUACCAGGACGAGGACUUUGCGGCGCUGUCGGGCGCGCGCGUGGUGCGGAUUGCCACGCACCCGGACUACGCCAGUAUGGGCUACGGCGGGCGGGCGCUGGAGCAGCUGCGCGACUUCUAUGAGGGCAAGUUCCACUCGCUGCAGGAGCCCGACGCCGAGGGCAUCCGCAGCUCGCUGGCAGACAGCGAGGAGGGCGGAUUGCGGCGGAUCACGGAUUCGGAGCUUGAUCAGGCGGAUCUGCGCAAGGACGCCGUGGGCGUGCGCGACGCAAAGGCACUGCCGGCGCUGUUCAUGCGGCUGGCAGAGAAGAAGCCCACGCGGCUGCACUGGCUGGGCGUCAGCUACGGGCUGACCGCCGGGCUGCACAAGUUCUGGAAGCGCGCGGGCUACGCGCCCGUGUAUAUGCGGCAGACCAGCAACGAGCUGACGGGCGAGUACACGUGCGUGAUGCUCAACGAGCUCGCCACCGACGGACUGGCGGUGCGUGCCAAGCAGGACUGGCUGGAUGCGUUUGCACGCGACUUCCACCGGCGCUUCGCCACGCUGCUGUCGUACUCCUUCAAGGACUUCACGGUUGUGCUGGCCAUGAGCAUCCUGGAUGCCGCGCGGGCUGGGCGCAGUGCGCAGUCGCUGCAGGCCGACGCCAGCGUGCAGUUCACGCGCGAUGACCUGGAGCGCGAUUUCUCCGGCUACGACCUCAAGCGCCUGGAGUCGUAUGCCAACAAUAUGCUGGACUACCAUGUGAUCCUUGACCUCCUGCCGACCAUCGCGCAGCGCUACUUUGGCGCGCGCUACGGCUCCGGCGUGUCCUUGUCUGGCGUGCAGGCCUGCAUUCUUCUGGGCAUCGGCCUGCAGCACAAGUCAGUGGACGCAGUCGAGAAGGAGCUGAACCUGCCGUCGCGCCAGAUCCUGGCGCUGUUCACCAAGAUCCUGCGCAAGUUCUCCAACUUUUACCGCGACCUCGAGACCAAGGCGAUUGAGGACGAGUUUGACCAGGAGCACGGCGAGGAGAAGCGCGGCGCCAAGCGGUCGCUGACGGAUGACGCAGCGUGGGACCCAACCAAGCAGACGCUGGCCGAGGAGCUGGAUGAGGCCGGCCGCGAGGUCUCGGAGGAGUUCAAGGAAAAGCAGCGCGAGCUGAUCGACGCCAUGGACAUGUCGCAGUAUGCGAUUGGCGGCGAGGACAAGGACUGGGAGGCGGCCGAGGGUCAGAUCCGCAAGGCAGCCAACAGCGGCAGCGUGCAGACGGUCGUCAGCGUCAAGAACAUGGAGAGCUCCAAGCGCGCGCGCACCGAGAAGAAGGUCGCCGCGGGGCUAGCCAAGUCCGAGGAAGCGCACCAGCGCAAGGCUGCCGCCCGCAAGCCCACCAAGGUCAGCAAGAAGACCAAGCGCACCUAAUUUUUUUCUUUUAUUACAGUCUCCAUUCAAACCUUCCUAUUUC